AUGAAAGAGGUACCGCACGAAGCGAUGAGCACAGAUCCAUACCUUAAUAAGCUGGGUGGGGUCCUUGAGAACCGUAGGUACUCCGUACUCCGUACUUCAUCAGGUCUUGCCCAUCUCACCCAAGAAAACACGACCGAGGGGACUGAUAUCAACCAUAAGGUAAGAAACGUACCGCAUUGCGCUCCCUGCUUGUGGUCCCUCACAGGCUCACGUCGUGAUUCUGUCCGUCUCUCCGUUGAAAAGAGGAAUGCGUGUGCAGUGUGCUCCAAAGAUGCAAGUCCAAGGCGACACAGGGCAGAACAGGGCAGAGAGCGGGUUCCGUUGAAUCAUUCCAUUUGCUGCGCGCUCCCGGUGCGUCCCUCCCGCGGUCCAGUGUCGUGGCUGCAAAGAUCAGGGGUAUCCGAUCAGGAUUAG